GACCACAAGAGGGCAGCAGGGAUUACCAGUCUGAACUGCAACACCCGACCGGCUAAAACAUUGAUUCAAACGAACUCAACGAACUCAACGUCGCCCUCUUGUGGUCACAAGGAAAAGAACACAAUUAAACAUAUUCAGGUUAUAUUGAGGUUACAGUUUUAAAUUUGUAUUUAAGUUAAAUCAUUAAUUUAAAAAAAUCCUCAAAGAAUCCUGAUGAGUCAUUUUCUUUUGCAGUAAAACAUCAAAAACCAAUAGCUCUGAAGAACAGAACUCCGCGUUAACAUGAGACUGAUUACAUACAAACAAAAGAAUCACAGACGUAUAACCUGUUUCUUCACAUUUUCACGCGCCGCCCCCAAUGAUCACGGCAGUUUCACAAACAGCUUGACAAGUCGUGUUACUGUUUUGUCCGAUUUUUGAAGCAACAUGCGAAGGUUACACCGCUACCUGUCGGCCAGGUGCAGCUGAUCGGAGUGAGAGUAAUUCAAAAAUGUCGACAUGAAAACUUCCGCUUCAAUGUUUGUCAAAAUUGAAAGCAAUUUCGUCUCGUUUUGACGGAAUCGUGAUUCGACUGUUUUCGCUGAGGACAUGUUUGGAUGGUGGAGCCUAAAUUAAACGUUAUGGCUUCUGAGAGCAGUGAGUCAAAUCAAUGCUACCACAAUGAAAGUAUCACCUUCUUUUAUGCCAACGUCAACAAGACCAUCAAUGAAAACUGGACGCCGCGGGACAUUACAGUCAUCGCCCUGGGCUUGACCGUAUGCGUCAUUGUACUCCUGGCCAACCUGAUGGUGAUGGUGGCCAUCUUCAAGAACCAACGUUUCCACUUCCCCAUCUACUAUCUCCUGGGGAACAUGGCCGCAGCAGACCUUUUUGCCGGCAUGGCUUAUGCCAAUCUGAUGUUGAACACGGGUCCCUGGACCGCGGAGCUCUCCAAGAAGCAGUGGUAUAUUCGUGGAGCUUUGAUCGACAUCAGCCUGACUGCUUCUGUAGCCAACCUUCUAGCGGUGGCUGUGGAGCGCCACCAGACCAUCCUCACUAUGCAGCUGCACAGCAACAUGACCAAGCGGCGUGUGGUGCUGCUCAUAGUCUGCAUCUGGGCAGCGGCGAUCCUCAUGGGUCUGGUGCCCUCUCUGUUCUGGAACUGUGAAUGCGACGUUAGCAACUGCUCGUCUGUUGCUCCUCUCUACCACCGCCGCUUCCUCAUCUUCUGGGCGAUUCUCAAUCUGCUCACUUUCUUGAUUAUGGUGUUCAUAUACGCUCAUAUCUUCAUUCAUGUGAAACGCCACUGGAGCUACAUCUCCCAGCAUUCCUCUGAGGUGCGACACAACCAGACUGUGGUCAACCUGAUGAAAACAAUAUCCAUGGUUCUAGGCGCCUUCGUGAUCUGCUGGACUCCUGGGCUCAUGGUUCUGCUCGUGGACGGUGUGAUGGGCACAAAAAGCGACGCCAACCGCAUUGAGAAGUACUGCCUGGCAAUAGCGGAGUGCAACUCCCUGGUCAAUCCCAUCAUAUAUUCGCUGCGGGACGAUGAGAUGCGGAGGACGUUCAAGUCCAUCCUGUGCUGUCUGUGUGGGAGAACCGCAGAUCAGAGGGAGGAGAAUUGCCCCAUUGACAUCAAGGCUUCACUGCAGGAGUUUCCUCUUAAUUGGGAUCAGAAGUUCCAGGAUCAGGCCUUGUGAAGCUUCAGGAGCAGAAGGACAGUUCCUGCCAUGAGGAAAAUCUCACGUCACUCAAGAUUUUUUCUUUUUCUUUUUGCUGAACACUUGUCAGUGACUGCAGAGUAUUCUUUUUGUAUUUCCUGUUUGGAGCUGAUUUCAGGGCUGGAGAAAAGCGUUCACUCCUCAUGAUGGUGCAAUCUCUCUUUUUAUUACAUUUGACUAUCACAAGAGCAUUUGUGACAAACUUAAAAAAGUGAAACACUCCUAAAGUCUGAAAUCAAAUACUGAAAGGUCACACUAAAUAUUUUUUUUAUUAAUUUUUCUAAUAAGAACACUACAAUUUUU